ACAGCUCGCCCUGCUUCAAUUCACUCGCACCACUCAAGCUGAGCUCAGCUAUAUAUAGCCUUUAGCUAGCUAGCUAAAGCCCCGCGCUCGCCAUGGCGAAGAACCACCGCAUUGUGGCGCUCCUGCUCGUCGCGGCCACGCUGGUCGCGCAGCUCGCGCCGGCCGCGGCCUGCCCCUCCUGCCCGACGCCUAAGCCGCCGCCGCCGCCCCCGACGCCCGUGCCGUGCCCGCCGCCGCCGUCGUCCGCGCCGCCGUCCACGCCGACGGGCAAGUGCCCCCUGAACACGCUGAAGCUGCUGGCGUGCGUGGACGCGCUCAACGGGCUGGUGCACGCCGUGAUCGGCGCCAAGGCCAGCGAGAAGUGCUGCCCGCUGCUGAAAGGCGUGGCCGACCUCGACGCCGCGCUCUGCCUCUGCACCACCAUCAAGGCCAAGGCGCUCAGCAUCAACCUCGUGCUCCCCAUCGCCAUCGAGGUGCUCGUCAACGAGUGCCACAAGAACGUGCCAGCCAGCUUCCAGUGCCCCUAAUCAAGCUCGCUAAUCACCGAGUAUGUGUCACUAAUUAUAUCCGCAUGCAUGCAUCCAUGCGUGGGUUAAGGUUAUAAGUAUAGUAUUUGAUGAUAAAUCAGUCAAGUAAUGCAUACGUAUAGAUAUCUUAAGCAUUUAUGGCUUCAUGCAUGAGCACUUUGGCUCGUGAUAUAAAUGGAGCUGUGGAUUUUGCAUUUAUUUUGUAAUUGUGUAUCAAUAUUGUAACAUGAACCAGUGUACGUGAGAGUUGUGGCCUUGGGGCUUGUAGUGACUAAAAAGAUUUAUAUACGAAUAAAGUGUGUGUGUCAUAUAUACGAAGUUUACAGUGUAACAAAAAUUUAUUACUAAUUUUUGUACCAAA